AUGGAAUUGCUAUUUUUAUAUGUUAUAAUUUUACUUUUGAACAUCUUUGAUUUUUCAUCAGGAAUAAUAUAUAAUAAUAAGGGUGAUACAGAGGAACACUUUUCUUGUGGUAGCCAAGGGUUUCACCAAAAGAGAGAAAUAAUCAAGCUGUACCUGUCCUCAGAUGACUUGCAAAUCCAUUGCUUUUUCCAUUCUAAAACUAAGCGUUCUUCAGAAGAAUUUCUAAGCAUGUUCACAUCAGGAGGACUUGCUCCCAGCUUGGAAGUCAUUAACAGUACAUAUACUGGCAUCUUCCACUUUAAUUUAACUUUGUACAGUGAUCGAGCUAACUGGCUGAUUAUUAUUCCCAGAGAAAACAUUACCAAAAAUACAGACAUCGCAGCUAUAGAAGAGUGGUUAGUGAGAAUCAAUUUGCAGCAUGGACUGAACAUUUAUACUACCGAGGGGACACUGUUGGACACUGUCCGAGAACCUAUUCUUCAGUGGAAACUCGGGACUAAGAUAACCAAAACUAGUGUCACUAAAUUAUAUCCACACGUGGUAGACCUGAAAGUCACAAAGUGCCCUUGCGCCAACGACGUAGCAUUGCUUGGCUUCCUUGUGAAUUCGGCAGGUAACGGUGUUUACAUAGGCCUCACCUUUUCUGGAUUUUGGAAGUAUGAUGAUACCGUGUGGUAUAACCUGACUGAUAUGAUCUAUUCCCAAGUUGGAGAAGAACACACGGAGCUCUCAGUGGUGGAUAUGGUUUUAACAAAUCAUUUCUUUGUUAUGCUCACGUCUUUGGGACUUUUUAUAAGUAGAGAUCUUCGUUAUCCAUCAAACCGUGUCCUAAAGUUUUCAAGGGCAGACUUUUGCGGUUUCGAAAGGGUGGACUAUGUCAAAGGAAAACUGUGGUAUAAUGAAAGAUGUUUUGCUAACACAGAAUCAUUUGAAGUUGACUAUGUCACUGUCACCUUUGAGAGAAACCGGACCUUAAGUGAGGAAAGCUCUUGUUUUUAUAGUAGAGAGCCGUUUUUUGUAUGGUUACCUUGCUUACCUCCCCUUUUGAAACACGUGAAAUCUAUUGCUUCAACUGUGAUAACAUUUCUUGUGGACCAAGAGCAUAGUACUGGAGUCUACCUCUUACAUAACCAGGUAAUCAAAGCAACCACAGUAUCUGUACACAGCCUAAGAAGUAACAAACCUAUAUUGAAACAAAAAUUUCCACCUUUCACGUUUCCUUCAUCAUUCUCGUCUCCUGUCGGAAUGGUAUUCCAUCCACGAAGCCAUUUGCUCUAUGCCUACGGGAAUCAGGUAUGGCUGUCAAUCGACGGCGGCAACACUUUCGAAUUACUGGCUGACUUUUACGAUGAUGUCAUAAAGAGCACUUAUCACAGCUUCUACACUUCCGAUAUCAUUUUCAUGUCCCAGAGAGGGAAGGCCUACUUCACGAAGGCAGGAUUAGAAACAUACAGUGACAUUGGAUCUAUUACUGAUAAAAUUUUCACGUUGUACUAUGACCACAUGGGAUUCAUACAUAAACUGACUCCAGAUGAUUCUGUAGCCGGUGGGCCACAUGCCGCCCUUGGAAAUUCUAAAGUUAUUUUUGGCCAGGCUCCCGACAUGGGCUUUGAGACCGCACUGGCCCCACAGUACAUCUCCACGAAGGAAAUGAUCUUCUAUGCCUACGUGCCCGCCAAUGAGCCAAAGGAGAAAGUAUAUACCAAGAAAUUCAGCAACAUUCACUCUGGAAAAGUGAUACACUCCAGGAAUAGUGGAAAGGCUUACAUUAGAAAGACAUUUCAACAUAGCAUUUCUGAAGGAUUUUUGUCUGCGGUUAUUGCUGAAGUAAUAGAACCUUUUGGAAUAGAAGAUGUGAAUAAAAGCCCCUGUUUGUCUAGUUCCCUUUCCAUCACUACAGACCAAGAUUUCUUUAAACUUACUCUUCAAUCACAAAGUGUGGCUUCCUCAUUUAAAGAUUCGGACGUGGAGAAGACAGUGGUGAUUCCCGGUUACAGCAGCUUCCUUAUCAUAAGCAUCGUGGAUGGUCAGAACGCAUUAGCUAAGGCGACCAUGCCUAGAAUAGUACCCAUCGGUGCGACUUUCGUAAAAGACUCCUGGUUCCUAUAUGACUUCGGGCAAAAGAAUGGACGGGCAUGGGAGAUAUUUGCAAAACCAUGUAAUUACUGGUUUCAGCAACAUGAUGAUUCGCUAUCCCUCAAUGUCCUGAAAUACGUUGACCUGGGGAAAUCUCAGACUCUACAAGUGAAGGUCAUACCUCACGGAAAAGGGUCUCAAAUACCUGAACUACCACUAGUGAAAAUAAUUGUUGGAAACCCAACUGUGUUGGAAGUUAAAGCCGAAGGCUCCUUCGAUGUUGCUGAUAAUUACCUAAUGAAAAUUUCGGUAGCUAGCAAAGCUUUACUGCAAGGAAUCACUUCGCUGGCGUUUAUUGUCUGGGAAGCCUCGACGGACUGCUUCGUUACAACGUUCGUGCCAAUAAUGAAGAGCAGCUGUAGUUAUCUCAAGUCUAUGCACCACAUUCCCAGUGAAGUCAUCCCGCUGGAAGGCUGGCUCAGUGGGGUUCACAAAGACAGCCAGGGCUUUAAUAUGAUCAAAACUUUGCCGAUAAACUACAGGCCUCCAUCUAAUAUGGGAAUUGCCAUUCCACUUACGGAUAAUUUUUACCAUGCAGAUCCUAGCAAGCCCAUCCCCAGAAAUCUAUUUCGAAAGUCAAAGAAAUCUGGUAAAUUCAAACAGUGUGCUAAUGUGUCCACUCGGGAGGAGUGUAACUGCACACACGACCAGAAGUUUUCGCAUGCCGUUGCUUUCUCAGAUUGCAGAGAAAAGGUUCCUCGUUUUAAGUUUCCAGUUACACAAUACCCAAUCUCUUUGGAAAUUCACAGUGAGGAUGGACAUGUCCCAGUGGAAACUCCAUAUCUGGUCACUGUGAUGGAAGUGAAUGACAGAGAAAACUGGGAACUCAAACACACUGUACCAGAAAAUGUUAGAAAACUGAAAAUUUACUUAGAGUCUAUUCUCAAUGUUCCAGUGUAUAAUCCUUCAGGCCUCAAUUUAAGCAUAAAGGGCUCUGAGCUCUUUCACUUCAGAGUGUCCGUUAUUCCGGGAGUCACUUUUUGUAACCUAGUGGAAGAAUUUCAGAUUUACGUUGACGAAGUGCCACUGCCGUUUUUAGGACACACACUUAUUGCCAUUGCAACCGCCGUGGUGCUGGGGGGACUGAUUUUUAUAGUAUUUAUGUUGCAAAUACGUAAUAUCCACCCAUGGGAUACAUGCAAAACAUUCCUUAAAAGAAACAAAAUGGACUUAUCAACUACCAGUGCCAACCAGUAG